CUGAUGCUUGGAAGUAAAAUCACGACCGCAUUCUAUUACAAUUGUCCCAAAGAUACCCCUUCAUAAAUUGCUUACAUUACUAUUUCCUAAUUACAAUAUCCCACUCGAAACAAAAUACAUGUCCUUGGAAGGAAUCCGGCCUAGGCCGAGGCCAGCUCACCCCCCUGGGACAACGGUCUUGACGUAUACAUCCGAUGGACGAUAUCUUAUAACUGCCGGCUCCAAUGCUCUGAUUCGUAUCUUCAAUGAUGGAGAUGAUGGCGAGCCAAGGACACUUGAGGAUGGUGCUGCGGAGAAUUAUCUUGGAGUUGCGGCAACGAAAGAUGCAUUCAUUCUGGGCGCAGAAGAUGGUACGGUUUGGCGCUACGAUGUUGAAACUGGUAAAACGGAUAAGCUUCUCGUACGCUGUCUACUUCCAGUUCGCGACCUUGCUAUUUCAAGCGACGGAGAAUGGCUUGCUGUUGCCAGCGAUGAACUUACUGUGAAGAUUGUCAACACCGACGACAUGACCAAUGUGAAAUAUUUGAGAGAGCAGACGAAAGGAUCGAAACAUGUGACUUUUGAUCAAACUGGCCGAUUUAUUGCCGUCUCGUGUACAGAUGGAUUUUUAUACAUUUAUUCAGUGGAAUCCGACGAGCCGCAGCUGGUACGAAAACUGGAUGGAGCUAUAAGGCGACUUGAAGCAACAGAUGACGCAACAUCGCGAGCAGCAUGGCAUCCGGGAGGCACAGCCAUAGCGUUGGCUCAAGCCAACCGAGACAUUGCUAUCUUCUCAACCUCCGACUGGACCCCGCAGAAGCCGUUUACUGGUGGACACAAUGGCGAGAUCACUGCCAUAGCAUGGUCCCCAAAUGGUGAACUUCUAGCAACUGCUGGGUUUGACGGACAGAUUCUGCUUUGGGAAACGAAUACCCAAAAAAUCCUGAAACGAUACAAAUUUGCGAAUGUGACUAAUCUUUCAUGGCAUCCCACUAGAAACGUGUUUUCGUUCUCGACAUCAUUUGGCGAGGUUUAUAUUCACGAGUACUUUGUGUCCAGAGAGCACGUGUCCAUCUUGGAGAAGAGCGGAGAGUCUGCUCUGCGCGGAGGACCGCUGGGAGAAACCUCAGGAAAUGCCAGAAAGCCUAUGGUUGAUCGAUCUAAAUCGGGAGAAGAAAAUGGACGCAGAAGAGCAGGCUCUCUUGACUCACUGGAUGAUCUUUUGGGAUCUGCAGGGGACGAAGACGGUUUCGUGGAUGAUGAUGACGGUGCUGGUUACGCAGAGGAUGUCAAUGCUUUCGGUAAACGAACAAAUGGCCACUUGGAUGGACCUGAAGGACGUCAGCAAAAGCGCUUUGCGUCUUACUGGGAGCCCACCGUUCAUGCUCCAUUUCAACCAGGAAGCACUCCUUGGCGGGGAAACCGAUGUUAUCUUUGCUUGAAUCUUACUGGAGCCGUGUGGACUGUUGAUCAGGAAUCUCACAACACGGUUACUGUCGAGUUCUAUGAUAGUGAACUACAUAGGAACUUUCACUUUACUGACCCUUACCGCUAUGACAAAGCGUGCCUCAAUGACAAUGGCACAUUGUUUGCUUCAUCUCCAGUGGAUUCUCCGGCAACAAUUUACUAUCGUCCCCAUGAAACUUGGACGACUCGGGGAGAUUGGCGAACCCAAUUGCCUGCAGGCGAGACCGUCAAAGCUAUUGCACUGAGUGAUUCUUAUAUCGUCGCUUUGACUUCGGCAAAUUACAUACGUAUCUACACGCUGUAUGGAACGCCAUUCCGCAUAUAUAGGCAAAAGAGCCAGGCUAUUACCUGUGCAGCAUGGCGAGAUUAUGUAUUGACUAUUGGGAAUGGGCCGGUUAGUCACAAUGGGGGCUCGUCCAUGACCUACUCUAUUGAGAAUGUCAAACGUGAUGAGAUUUGUCAAAACGAGGAUAUUGUGGCUAUAUCGGAGGGAGAAGAACUGAAAAGCGUCUUUUUCUCUGAUGCUGGAGAUCCCUGUAUUUAUGAUUCGGAAGGAGUUCUGCUGGUGCUACAGCAUUGGAGAACACCCGGACAAGCUCGAUGGGUUCCUCUCCUCGAUACCAAGCUUCUUGAACGAUUGUCCAAGGGCCGUAAAGAGGAGACAUACUGGCCCGUGGCUGUGGCACAAGAUAAAUUCCAUUGCAUCAUUCUCAAGGGCGGGGAAACUCACCCAUACUUCCCAAGGCCUCUUUUGAGCGAGUUUGACUUCAAGAUGCCAGUCUCUACAGCACCUCCCAAAGCAAACGAGGACGAGGCUGAAUCAGAUACACGCAACGAUAUUAUGCGAUUUGAGGAGUCUUUCGUGCGGGAGAACCUAUUCCUUAGUCUUUUCCAAGACGUUAUAUCCACAACCAACGCUACUCGUAACCAGCGUGCUGAGCUAGCACGGAAAGAGGUUGAAUUAGACAAGAUCUUGUUACAAAUGCUUGCAAUCGAGUGUCGUGAAGGCGAAGAUCGUGGUAUGAAGGCUCUCGAGCUGGUGGAAAUGAUGCGGGAUCGUUCUGGUAAAAUGCUGGAAGCCGCAGCGAAGAUUGCUCAGAGAUACAAUCGUUCCAUCCUCGAAGACAAGAUCCGAGAGCUGGGUGAGCGACGACUCAUGGGCAUGGAUGAGGACGACGAACUUGCUUGAACGCAGAAACUAAUUACAUGAUGUGAAUGAACGGGCUUUGCUUUUAUUGGGAUACGAUGAUCUUAAUGUAGUGCUGUCAUGUGUCAAAUACGACCAACCUGAUUGGCUGCCUGGCUAUUGUAGAUACUGUGCAUAAACAAUUGCUAAUCAAAUAACUGUAAAAGUUAAAGUGGG